CCUGUCAGUAGCCGCUAUUACCCAAAAUCGCGCAGGUGGACCGUAGCCAGAAAAAUGCUGAGUAGUCCUCACCGCCGACCAACCGGCCCAUAUAUUGCCGUUAUUGCUCUGGAUUUUCCAGGCUCCGGUUACUAGGACCAGCAAACAUAUUCGCUAGAGGAGGAACUACUGGCGCCUAUUGGAAUCCUGCUCCAUUACUUGGGCGGGUAAUUUUCCCCGGAUGGAGUCGGCCACAUUGGCCUCCUCAGGAUCGACCGACCGCUUGCGAUCGGUGGCAGCUUAAAAUUAGUAUAGCAAAUGCUACAUUCUCCGAUACGCUCCAUGCGCAGAAUGCAUAUCUUCCGGAAUCAUCUGUACAUUCCGCGCAGUUUUAGAGCUCCACGAUUCGGCCUUGCUGUAUACAUUCGCCGACAGCAACGCAUCGUCAUCGACAUUUGCAAGUUACCUUCAGUAUCACUUAGGAACAUUCAAUUAUUCUCCACCACUCACAAGUGCACACAAUGCGUGUUGUACGGAGUUGGUCUCGCCGUCGUAGUUCAUGUGAUGUCAGGCUCUGAUGCUGGGAGAAUGUUGUUUUUAGUGACGCCACGACCAUCACGAAGCAUUUGCCACUCGGUGCCUGGUUUCGUCCUCGUUAACGUAGCACCUGGUCUUCGAACUAUUCUAUCACUCGCUUCGAGAAAAAUUACUGUGGAGUCGACUUCCAUUCCGGAUCCGGCACACCCAUUACAUCGCCAUACGGUAAUACCUCGAAUACUAAGCCUGCCUCAUUUGGGACAGCUUUCUAUUUCGCACUCCGCGUGUUAAACAUUCGAGUUUCAUCUCAUCUCAUCGUGAUG